AUGAAUUUCGCCCCUUAUCAGGAUGAGUCUCCUGAGGUCGAGCGAGCCUUUUCGCCUACGUUACCUGAAGCAAACCGUAUCAAAUCCCCAAUUCUGAGGUCCCCGCGCGGGUCUCCCCCGAUCCACGGUGCGCAAUCAGGUGCUCUUCCAUCCCCGAGCCACUUCACAGGCGCAGAACAGAGCCAUACAAGCGGACAAGGGAGCCGUGGAUAUGGGCCGGAUGUUGAAACCGGACGAUGGAACCUAGGGGCUUUUGAGACAAGCCUUCCGAUCCGUAUGGACGUUGAAGCUAUGCUGGCAUAUCUGCUUCUUCCUCCGGCGGGUGGAGUGUUUCUCCUGUUGGUGGAGCAUAAGAGCGACUAUGUGCGAAGUGCGACUGACCACAACGAAGUCGACACCCUCGAACACUUCGAGGUCCCAAUCAUUGGACGCCUUGCCAACUCCUUCGUCGACGAUGAAUAA